AUGAGCGGCUGCGGGCUCUUCUUGCGCUCGGCGGCGGCGGCGCGCUUGUGCCGCGCCCUGGUGGCCUUCACCGCGAGUCGGCGCCCGCUGCGCACCAGUCCACCGAGCCAAGCUUUCGCCAAGGAGCUCUUCCUGGGCAAAAUCGAGAAGAAAGAAGUUUUCCCGUUUCCGGAAGUUAGCCAAGAUGAACUUAAUGAAAUUAAUCAGUUUGUGGGACCUGUAGAAAAAUUCUUCACUGAAGAGG